AUGUGCAAUUUCGUCAUGGUGGCGCCUUGGGAUCCUAAUUUUCACUACCGCUUUACCCUGGCUUGUGCCUUCAUUUGGGCGCAAAGCAUUGAACGAUCUGAGGCCACCAAACACAUGGCCCCAAAUACUAGUGAGUACCGAACUGAAAUUGCGAAGACAAGGAUCUUGCAUCCAGGUUUAAAGUUGAAGGAUCGAUUGAAAUUACGAUUUCCCUCGCCAAUGAAGAGAAAGCCUUUGGCUAAUGUUAGCGCGGCCAAAAAGCGCCCAUUUGACCACUCACCGACUCGUCAACGUGGCCAAGGUGGGGUUUUUGGGUCUCAAAAGGGCUCUCCGUCUUCCCACCGCAUUGGGUUGAACAAGUUCAAAUCUGAAGACAAGAUGAUAAACUUGGUCUCGUCAUCGCCUAAUCAAGAGGUGAAACCACUGAGGUUUCAACCACGUGAAAGAAAGCAAGGUUCACCAAGGAAAGCUCAUGGCCCCAAGAAGGCCAAGUUGGAGCCUGUCUUUAUUAACGUGCGAGGUCCGAAACUGUUUAAUUACUCGGAUGCUGUAAUGUCUAGCGCCAAUACCGACGAGCUCGAGCUCUUGCAAGAGCACGAGCAUCUUCUGGAUCAGUUUGUCAAGGAAUGCGGGGUGACGAAAGACUUCAACCGCAUUCGGAACGUCUUGAUCAACUCGGGCAUCAAAUCCUGGAUUGACCUGGUGCCAAGUGUGAAGAUGACCGAAGCGGUCUUGAUUGAGCAUGGUGUCCCCCGUGAGGUUUCAACCCGCAUGUUGCAAAAGGCGGAGGAACGCAAUGUUACUGAAAACCAAAAAAACGUGGAAUUGGCUAAGUAA